GCCCCAAAGUGCAGCCUCGGAGAUCAAGGGCCCGCUCCACUGCCGGGAUGUGUCCGACCCCGAGGGUGCGACUGGCAGCGCUAUCCUGAUCCGGUGCCCCGAGUUGCAGCCCGGGUUGUCCUACGUUCCUCGGACCCGAGCCUGCAGUGGACCUCGGGCAGCAGGCGCCUCCGCAUGCGGCAGCGCAGUUAGGGAGAUGCUGCAGGAUAAGGGCCUGUCGGAGAGUGAGGAGGCCUUCCGGGCCCCGGGUCCAGCGCUCGGGGAGGGCAGCUCGGCCAACACUGCCAACGCCCCGGAGCCCGCGCUGGCCGCGCCCAGCCUCAGCGGAGCCACGCUCGGCAGUCCCCCAGGCCCCGGCGCAGACGUCGCAGCUGCAGAGCAGACCAUCGAGAACAUCAAGGUGGGGCUGCACGAGAAGGAGCUCUGGAAGAAGUUCCACGAAGCGGGCACUGAGAUGAUCAUCACCAAGGCGGGCAGGAGGAUGUUCCCCAGCUACAAAGUAAAAGUCACAGGCAUGAACCCCAAGACCAAGUACAUCCUGCUGAUUGACAUCGUCCCUGCAGAUGACCACCGCUACAAGUUCUGUGACAACAAAUGGAUGGUGGCCGGGAAGGCUGAGCCCGCCAUGCCAGGAAGGCUCUAUGUCCACCCAGAUUCUCCUGCCACUGGGGCCCAUUGGAUGCGGCAGUUGGUCUCUUUCCAGAAGCUGAAGUUGACAAACAACCACCUGGACCCCUUUGGCCACAUCAUCCUCAAUUCCAUGCACAAGUACCAGCCGCGGCUACACAUCGUUAAGGCCGAUGAGAACAAUGCUUUUGGCUCCAAAAACACAGCCUUCUGCACCCACGUGUUCCCAGAAACCUCCUUCAUCUCUGUGACCUCCUACCAGAAUCACAAGAUCACACAGCUGAAAAUUGAGAACAACCCUUUUGCCAAGGGAUUCCGGGGCAGUGACGACAGUGACCUGCGUGUGGCCCGGCUACAGAGCAAAGAGUAUCCUGUGAUUUCCAAAAGCAUCAUGAGGCAGAGGCUCGUCUCCAGCCAGCUCUCGGCCAAGCCCGACGUCAGCCCCCUGCACGGUGCCCACCAGGCGCUGCAGCACUUCCAGUAUGAAAACGGGGCCCACAUGCAGUUCGCUGCGGCUGAACCACAGGACCUGCCCCUCAACACCUUCCCCCCACAGAGGGACUCGAGCCUCUUCUACCACUGCCUCAAGAGACGAGCAGACAGCGCCCGCCACCUGGACUUGCCCUGCAAACGGUCCUAUCUAGAAGCUCCCUCUUCGGUGGGGGAGGAUCACUAUUUCCGCUCCCCACCUCCCUAUGACCAACAGAUGCUGAGCCCCUCCUAUUGCAGUGAGGUGACCCCCCGAGAAGCCUGUAUGUACUCAGGUUCAGGGCCUGAGAUUGCCGGGGUGUCUGGGGUGGAGGACUUGCCCCCGCCUCCACUGAGCUGCAACAUGUGGACUUCGGUGUCCCCGUACACCAGCUACAGCGUUCAGACAAUGGAGACUGUGCCUUACCAGCCCUUCCCCACGCACUUCACUGCCACCACCAUGAUGCCUCGGCUGCCCACCAUCUCCGCCCAGAGCUCCCAGCCGCCGGGAAACGCCCACUUCAGUGUCUACAAUCAGCUCUCACAAUCUCAGGUCCGGGAGCGGGGACCCGCUGCCUCAUUCCCAAGAGAGCGAGGUCUCCCCGCGGUGUGUGAGCGCAAGCCACCCUCUCCACACCUGAAUGCUGCCAAUGAGUUUCUCUACUCUCAGAGCUUCUCCUUGACCCGGGAAUCCUCCUUACAGUAUCAUUCAGGAAUGGGGACUGUAGAGACCUGGACUGAUGGAUGACUCCCGUGUCUCCUUGACAGCCCCAGGACCUUAUCAAUCCAGUAUUAGCCGCUGUGGGUGGCCUGCACUACCAAGAAACGCAGGAAGGUAUUUCAGAGGGUGCGUGGGCAUACGUGCUUGUGCAUGCAUGGAUGUAUUUGGAGAGCAUCCGCAUCCAUCUUCUGACACACAGCUGAGGCCAUGACACACAAAAAAUAUUUGAGUUAUUUAGAGUUUUUUAUAAUAUAAUCUGAUUCACUCAGGGGCCAGGUGGUGAGGUCUCUGCCACAGGGAGAGAUUCUCUUUGCUGGGGCGGGAAGCCUCUGUGCACACCUCAGAGUUCCUGGCUUGCAAGGGGAGCUGCAAAUCUUGUUGGAGUGGAAGGCCUCCUCCUCUGGCUUCUGGGAGUUCCGUGAGACUACCUGAGCCUCAAAGUGCGCUUUGGAAGUAGAGCUGGCAGCUCAGUUAGUGGCUUGGGCAUUGACUUCCGGAGCUCCAGGUCUACGGGAUGACUUUCAGAAAGGGCCAUGUGUUAAAUGCCACCUCAUGAGUAUUUUUAAAGUGGGUUUUUCUCUUUUCCUUCAACAGGAAGAGAAAUAUAACCAAUAGCAUCUCUGUCAUCCUUCAGGUUUGGUUGUCAAGUGCAAAGCCCUUCCCCCUCGGUCCCCAACAUGCAAUCUCUUUCUGGUGUAUAAGACUUGGCCUGUCAGGCACCUUGUGCACCCUGCAGCCAGCAGCUGUGAAACACACCUCACCUGGCAUUGUCCCCCAGAGGCCGUAUCAGAGCUGAUGUCAAGCAACUCCUGGGCCCAUUCUGCUCCCAGAAGAUCCGUGCCUCUGGAGCAAGAGAGCCCAAUAGAAAUAAAAUAAAAUUUAAAAAAAGAGAGAGAGAGAUAAUUGACAAAAAGUCAUUUCUUUUGGUAAAUUCAGCCAGUGAGCUCAGAGGAGCAAAGAUCAUUUCUGCAGUGGGAUGAUCUCAUAGUCUUUGGCCCUGAUCUUUAGCAUUGAACGUCACCAGACCAUUGCGGUGGCUGGUGUGAACUCAAAAUCAGAUUUGGGAAAUCACUAAACUCUUUGCAUGUCAAAUAGCUAUUUAUAUAUUAUAUAAAUAAAUAAAUAAAUAUAUAUAUUAUAUAUCUCACAAACGCGGGCCACAUGUCAAAUUCAGCUUUGCUUUUUUACAAAUGAAUAAACUUAAUAAAAAUGAAUGCUGGAGGGGGUAUUUGGAAAGACAUCUAUUUAAAUUUUUAUUACAUGUUUGAUGUUAAAAACUAAGAAUGGUUUAGAUAAAACAUAUAUAUAUAUAUAUUAUAUAAACACACACUACAGAUAAAGCUUUAUUAGAAAACACAUUAGCUAACAGGUGAUAUGGAACUUCAAGUGUUUUGUUAUAUAGCAUGGACAUUUUAUUUUACAUAUCAGAACAUAAAGCCAUCUUACAAC